AUGAGGAAUGUCUCUCUCUCUAUCUCUCUCUUUCUCUCUCUCUCUCUCUCUCUCUCUCUAUCUAUCUAUCUAUCUAUCUAUCUCUCCCUUAAAUUCGUCGAUUCCAAAUUUGUCUCGCAAAGUGCAAUGGAAUACCAUUUACUGAGCGCUUCAUUGUUGCAUAAUGAAGAAUUUUUAAUUUCUUAUUUCUUUUUAUUCUUCUUAAUUCUUCUUUUAAUUCUUCUUAAUAUAUUCUUCCUUUUAUUCUUCUUAAUUAUUUCUCCCUUUUUUAUUAUUUUUAAUAUCUUCUUAAUUUCUAUUCUUCCUAAUUUCUUCUUCGUUUUAAUUCUUUUUAAUUUCUUCUUCGGUUUUAUUCUUCUUAAUUUCUUCUUCCUUUUUAUUCUUUUUUUAAUUUAUUUUUCCUUUUUAUUCUUCUUAAUUAUUUCUCCCUUUUUUAUUAUUUUUAAUAUCUUCUUAAUUUCUAUUCUUCUUCAUUUCUUCUUCGUUUUUAUUCUUCUUAAUUUCUUCUUCCUUUUUAUUCUUUUUAAUUUCUUCUUCCUUUUUCUUCUUAAUUUCUUUUUCUUUUUUUUCUUCUUAAUUUCUUCUUCCUUUUUAUUCUGCUUAAUUUAUUCUUCCUUUUUCUUCUUCUUAAUUUCUCCUUUUUUAUUCUGCUUAAUUUCUUCUUCCUUUUUCUUCUUCUCAAUUUCUUUUUCCAUUUUAUUCUUCCUAAUUUAUUCUUCGUUUUUAUUUUUCUUAAUUUUUUCUUCCUUUUUAUUCUUCUUAUUUUUUCUUUUUAUUCUUCUUAUUUCAUUUUUAUAUUCUUCUUAA